AUGGCAGAGCCCCAAUACACUCACGUUCCCCGCUAUCUGACCGGCGACAAGGCCGGUCUCAGCGAGUUCCUGGCUAAGUUCGAUGUGUACUCUGGUCUGGUGACCACUUGUUCCCCGGAACAGUUGCGACACUGGAAUUGCUACGAAAGAAUGCAAGUGGUAUUUGUGACCAACAACAGCACCAAGUCUCGCGCAGAUUACUGUAAGAAGUUGGAAGGUCUAGGAAUUCCAAGCACAGUGGAAGAGAUCUUUUCCUCAUCAUACAGCUCCUCGAUCUACAUUUCUCGCAUUUUACAGCUCCCCGAGAAUAAGCGCAAAGUCUUCGUCAUCGGUGAGACUGGUAUCGAACAAGAGCUGCGCUCUGAGAAUGUCCCCUUCAUCGGCGGUACAGACCCCGCUUACCGCCGUGACAUCACACCGGAAGAUUACAAGCGAGUUGCUGCGGGCGAUGAGUCCCUCCUUGAUCCAGAAGUUGGUGUCGUUCUUGUGGGAUUGGAUUUCCAUAUCAAUUACCUCAAGCACGCAUUGGCUUUUCACUAUGUCAAGCGGGGAGCUGUGUUCCUGGCGACUAACAUCGAUUCAACGCUGCCAAACUCGGGAACUCUUUUCCCUGGUGCUGGAUCUAUGAGUGCGCCGUUGAUCAUGAUGCUUGGACAAGAGCCUACAGCCUUAGGAAAGCCUAGCCAAGCAAUGAUGGAUGCGAUUGAGGGCAAGUUCCACUUCGAUCGCAGUCGGGCUUGCAUGGUUGGAGACCGUGCCAAUACAGAUAUUCGAUUCGGCUUGGAGGGUAAGCUUGGUGGUACACUUGGCGUUCUGACUGGUGUCAGCUCGAAGGAGGACUUCGUCUCAGGUCCUGUUCGCCCUCAUGCAUACUUGGAUAAACUGUCGGAUCUGCUGGAAUCGGAUUCGUGA